AUCGUCAUCAUCAUCAACAACAAUUGUCAAUACACAACAACAACAACAACAACAAUCAUCAAUAACUAAUGAAGAAAUGUUAAAUCUUAAAGUAAAAGAUUUUAAUGAUGUCAUCACAUGUUUUCUUUGUAAAGGCUAUCUAAUUGAUGCUACUACUAUAAAUGAAUGUCUUCAUUCGUUUUGUAAAACAUGCAUAUUAAAAUAUUUUGAUGAUGAUAAUAAUCCAAAAUCACGAUCAUGUCCAAAGUGUGAUACACAAGUCCAUAAAACUAAACCAAAAUUAAAUAUUCGUUCCGAUCCUACAAGACAGGAUAUCGUAUAUAAAUUGGUUCCUGGACUUUAUAAAAGCGAAAUGAAUCGACGUAAAGAAUUUUAUCGUCGCCAUCCAGAUAAAGCCAUUGGUCUUUCGAAUGAAGAAAAAGGUGAAAUCAAUGGUGAAAGAUUGAUAUUAUCGAAUGAUGAUCAGAUACAGAUAACGAUUGAAUAUUUUCCUGAAGUAUCGAAUCCAUUUCCAUUGUUACCAUUUAAUAAUGAUGAAAAUUCCAAUAUCACUAAACUUACGAAUCUUAAUCAACGAAGAUAUUUAUUAGUUAAAUCAGGAAUGCGUGUUUUACAUUUGAAAAAAUUCAUACAAUAUAAAUAUGAGCUUGAUCCAUCGAUUCAGGUGGAUUUUUUCUUUAAACACGAACGUCUUAAAGAUGAUUAUACAAUCAUGGAUGUUGCCUAUAUUUAUUCAUGGAGAAGGAAUAUUCCUAUACCAUUAUAUUAUCUGAUAUUGGAGCCAAACAAAACACAUGAUGAUUAUAUUUGGCUAAACAAUGAACCUAAAAUUACACCAUUAUCUGUUGGUCGUCAACAAUCAUUACGACAAACACGUCUUCAAAUGCGUAGAAUGAGCAAUUUACAUAAUAAUUCAUUGAAUAGAAAUCUUCGCCGUAUGCGUUCGAAUAGUACGAACGAUUUACUAGUCUCUUCAUCUUUUAAUACAUCCGAUACAAAAUCAGUUAAUAAUGUUCAAGAAAAUUGUACAAAUUCAUCGAACCAAAAUAAUCGAAGAAAUUCAACUUCAAAAUUUGCUCCUAAAACAGCAUCCACGCCUUUAUCAAUGAAAAGUACAAAUAAUUCUGGUUUGAAAUCAAAUUUAAAUGUGCCCAUAUCAUCAUCAUCAUCAUCUCCAUGUACGACAUCAUUACCGGUGGUAACAUCGGAAAAAUCCAUCACAGAAUCUAAUGUUGAUAAAAAAGACGAUAAAAUUGUAGCUAAUAAAAGAUCAUUAGUCGAAAAUGGUUCACCAGAUAUUCAAUUAGCAUCGAAAAAAAUCAAAUAUGAAUUCAAUAAUAUAUUAACGGUAAACUCUGUGCCAAUAACUGCCACAAAGAUCUCAAACCCUCCCAUUGUAUCCGAUUCGGAAAUCAAAACGGCAACAACCGAAGAAAUUAAAAAUGGAGAGAUUAAAAAACAACAACAACAACAACAAAUCUCAAGUGUUACAAUUCCACUUUGUUCAGAUUCUCAAAAUUCAUUCACUUCAUCAUCGGCGAUAACGUUGAAAAUUGAUGAAAAUCAUAAAUUGAGUCUGUCGAAAGGAAAUGAUACGACGAAACCAAAACGACAUGAUUCCAUAUCAUCCACAUCAUCAUCAUCAUCUUCGUCCAGUUCAUCUCGUUCAUCAUCACCGAUGACUUUAUUGGACAAAAUAAUCAAAAAAGUUGAGGAAAGAAACUUACAACAAGUAAGUAAUAGUUCUACUUUAUCGCCUGUGACAAAUCCAGAUCCUUCCAUCGAUGAAAAUAAUGACAAAAUCGAAAAAAAUGAUGAUAAUAACAAAUCAUUGGAAACGGUAAUGAAACAUCAAUCAGAAGAAGCUUUAGAUCAAUUACCUUCGCUUAUACCUGCAAAUAGUAUCGCUGCAAUCGAUUUGAAACAAAAUCAAAAUUCCAAUCAAACAUCAUCCUCGAAUGGUGAUGGCUUAGUAUUUUCAACUUUGAUAACUAUGAAUAGCCAACAAAAUUCACCAACAAGUUGUUCAUUAAAAAUUGAUAACAUUUUAGAAUCUCUUGCUUCGAUCGUUGAAACAGAUAAAAUCGCUGAACAUAAAGCUUCAUCUUCACCAUCCAACAAUAACUUACAUAUAAACGGUAUUGAAAUGAAAAAUGGUGUUUUGGUGGAUUCCAAAUCGGAUACAGUUACGCCAACGACAACAACAACAACAACAACAUUCAUUGAAUGAUAAAA